UUGCAGCUGUCGAACCUGGCGAGCGUGCUCUUCCUGGGCCUCUUCAUGUCCAUCAUCCUGACCGCGGUUCUGGAGCUGCGAUGGAGCGGGGUGAGCAUCGAGGAUCUAUGGCGCAACGAGCAAUUCUGGGUGAUCGGUGGCGUAUCCGCACAUCUCUUCGCCGUAUUCCAAGGCUUCCUAAAAAUGCUAGCCGGAAUCAACACAAACUUCACGGUCACGACCAAGGCGGCAGAGGACGCCGAGUUUGGAGAGCUCUACAUGGUGAAAUGGACGACGGUUCUCAUCCCUCCGACGACCCUCUUGAUCGUGAACAUUGUCGGGGUGGUGGCAGGGUUCUCCGACGCGUUGAACAAAGGCUACGAGGCUUGGGGGCCAUUGUUCGGGAAAGUGUUCUUCGCGUUCUGGGUUAUACUCCAUUUGUACCCGUUCUUGAAGGUUUGA